UAUGUUUCGCGUGUCACCACCACGGCGCGCGACAUACGUCAGCCACGUGUCCAUGACGUUAUUUAUGCCUUUUGGAUGCACGCGCGACAACAUCGUUGAAGUAAUAUCUGUUGUUGUUGCUGUUGCUGCUGCCAGUGAGAAAUAUUCGAAUGUUCUACGUUAUUUAUACUUUCUUAAAGUUUUUAUUUUUUCACGAUGAAUAAUCAAAUUGUUCGAUCAUCCCGCAAACGUUUCGCAGCGAAGUAAAAUAAACGUGUACAUAUGACGAAAAGUACGCGUUACUUUUGUUCGAAGUACAUAUAUGCCAUGUGACGACGGUUUAUUUUGCGACAAUUAUCAGUUUGCGCCGCAACAUGCAAUACACGAAUGACAAAGUUAAUCGUAAAAACAGACUUACCUUUUUUUAUCAAGAAAAUAUUAUCAAGAUUACAGCAACAUUCAGAAUGUACAGUGUCAUAUAGUUACAUAUGAAGAAAGAGGGAAGGAAAGUAUUAUUUAAGGAUGUGUUCUACGUAUGGACUGAACGCGCCGAAGUGUGUAUAAAAGAGACUCGCGAAGAUUACAAAGAUGCGUGGACGAGAUGACGAACCAAAUAGUCGUCCGAUGUAGAGAAAUUCUACCAAAUAGAAAUUGGAAAAUGCAAACUAUUUUGCAAAUCAUGAGGUUCAAACUGUUGUCUGUUUUGGCUUUUUUGCUCGUUGGGUUGUCCAAUGUGCAUAUUUACGGUCAAACUGAAAGACUACAGCAAUCUGACCAUUUCGAAUCAUCAGAGACACAAUACAAAGAAAAGAGGGAUACGGAAUUGGUAUCAGAACAAGACGAUCCGCUCUUGCUGUUCUCCACGUUAGACGGUUCCCUGGUUGGUAUAGAACAACGCUCUGGAAAUGUGCUUUGGCGGCAAAGCGAUGAACCGAUCGUCAAAGUACCAGUUGAUCUUGCAAGAGCUUCCACACCGAUGUUUUUACCGGAUCCAAAGGACGGUUCGUUGUACGUAUUCGGGGCGGAAACUGAGGCUCUGAAGAAGCUACCGUUCACCAUUCCACAACUCGUGGCGAAUAGUCCUUGUCGUAGCAGCGACGGAAUAUUGUAUACCGGUAGAAAGAUCGAUACUUGGUUCGGUGUUGAUCCUAGGACUGGUCAAAAGGAGCAACUUUUGGGAUUCGACAAAGUUAAAAAUACUUGCCCCGUGGAGAUGCAAAAUGCCGUUUUCAUCGGGCGUACGGAAUAUAACAUAAUUAUGGUGGAUAGCAAGCAGAAGAACCGAAAAUGGAACGUUACGUUUUACGAUUAUUCUGCUGCGAAAAUGGAGCCCGAAGGAAUAGAAAAUUAUGACCUAGUUCAUUUUACGACGAGUUCAACCGGACGCAUCGUCACUGUAGACAGAAGAUUGGGAAUCGUUUUGUGGGAGCUUGACGUACAGAGUCCAGUAAUAGCGGUAUACAUCAUAAGGGAAGACGGAUUAUUGACAGUUCCUUUUACCAGCGUUGCGGACGAAACUUUGGACUUACUUUUGAAACGUUUCGCGAACAAGCCGAGCGACAUUCAGUUAUUUCCAACGUUAUACAUCGGUCAACACAGACACGGACUCUAUGCCCUACCAUCUCUCGUCGACUCAACCACGGCUACGAUAUCGAGUAAUAUCGGUCAAUUGCUGCUCGAAGGUCCGUCGUUAUCGGUACCACAAUUAGGUAAAAACGGCAACGGGAAUGUUCCCCUGUCCGACGACGAACGUGCAUACGUGGACAGCAACAUUGAUUCCAUCGUUCAGACUGGAUAUCAAACAGUCGUAACGCUAGGUCAUUACGAAGUACCGGCAGAAUAUAAAUUACAAGACCAACAACCACUUCAAAUUACCGGUCGGUCUGAUCCUGUGAUCGAAACGUUACCUCUACGAUACUUGAAUUCAUCGUUCAGUUUACAAAACGACGACGACGAACCUAACAGAGAUGCGAGCGAUAAACCGUGGCGCGAGUUCGUACGGAACGUUUACACAAUGAGCAAAAAUUGGCUGAAUCAACAAGAAAACAAAGGACUAAAAUUAAUAUUAAUCGCAUUACUAGGAUGCGUACUAACGAUGUUUUGGUACUUGAACGUACAGUUCAAGGAAUUUCAACAACUGUCGCAGGGUUCGCGAGAAAGCAGUCGUACCAACGACGAUUACUACGGAACUCGAUCGAGCGCACUUGCAGUUCCGCAGGACAUGGGAGAAGGGGUGGUGAAAGUUGGAAAGAUAACAUUCGAUACUGGGCAAGUUUUGGGCAAAGGAUGCGAGGGAACGUUUGUAUACAGGGGCAAAUUUGACGGACGUUCGGUAGCUGUGAAGCGUUUGUUGCCGGAUUGUUUCACGUUUGCCGAUAGAGAAGUAACACUGCUCAGAGAAUCGGACGCACACGCGAACGUUGUGCGAUACUUUUGCACCGAGCAGGAUAGAAUGUUUCGAUACAUCGCGUUAGAAUUAGCCGAAGCGACAUUGCAGGAUUACGUCGCGGGAAAAUACGACAGGCAAAAAAUAUCCGCCAAGAGUAUUUUACGACAAGCUACGUCAGGCUUAGCUCAUCUACAUCUUCUCGAUAUCGUGCAUAGAGACAUCAAACCACACAACGUGUUAUUGUCGACACCGGGACCACGCGGCGAAGUUAGAGCCAUGAUAUCGGACUUUGGCUUGUGCAAGAAACUUCAACUAGGUCGUGUGUCUUUUUCGCGUAGAUCCGGCGUGACAGGAACCGAUGGUUGGAUCGCUCCAGAAAUGUUAAACGGAAGUAGAACGACUUGUGCCGUGGAUAUUUUUUCUCUGGGCUGCGUUUUCUACUACGUUCUUUCCGACGGAAAACACCCAUUCGGAGAUCCAUUGCGGCGGCAGGCGAAUAUACUUUGCGGUGAAAGCGAUUUAACGGCUCUUUACGAUGGAAUUCCCGAAAACGACAAAGAAUUGGCUUUGGUACUUAUAAAAGCGAUGAUCGCUAGUAAUCCAUCGGAACGACCACCGGUGAUAGCUGUCCACGAUCACCCAAUAUUCUGGGAACCUGCACGAAUUCUUGGAUUUUUUCAGGAUGUGAGCGAUCGAGUGGAAAAAGAGCGGAUCGAUAGUCCAGUCAUGAUCGCGUUGGAAACCGAUAACAACCGAGUGGUACAAGGGGAUUGGAGGUUACACAUCGACGUAGAAGUUGCAACCGAUCUUCGGAAAUAUAGAAGUUAUCGGGGCGAAAGUGUGCGAGAUCUGUUAAGGGCAUUGAGAAACAAGAAGCAUCACUACAGAGAACUGAGUUCGCAGGCUCAAGAAAGUCUCGGAGACAUUCCGGAGAAUUUUACCCGUUAUUGGCUUUCUAGAUUUCCUCGUUUGCUUUCGCACGUUUGGUGUGCUAUGCAAGCUUUCCGCGACGAGCCAACAUUAAGGGACUAUUAUCACGUCGCGUAUUACACGUUUGCGAAUAUUUGCGAAACGGAAUCUCCAGAGAUUAAAAACACGUUCAAUUACGCGAUACCAAAAGCAUCGACAUCCUGGAGAGUUCGAGACGAUAGUAUCAGUUGGAGUCCGAACAGAGGAAGGUAUCGCGGUGGUCAUCACCGAAGAAAAAAUCAGCAGGAGAAGAAAAAGCUCGAUGAUAUACCGCUUGCUUGGACCAAACUACCGUCCAAUUAGAGAAGGGGGGGAGGAACCCGCCAUAAAUUGCGCGCAAAAGUUGGAUCGCAUCGCGAAUACUAUUGUGUAAAUAAUACGACGCUAGCGUUAAACGACGUUUGUAAAAAGGCAGAAACGAAAUCUUUGCGACAAAUAAAUACUGUAUGUGGAAGUA